AUGGCUGAAGAAGAAGUAAACGAAAGAACGAGACUGCUUUCUCAGUCUGAUGACCCUUCUCCUUCUCUGGAAGAAUUGGAAGAGUGGGAAGAGCCUCGCAAUUGGACGGUUUCGUACCGCUGGCUCUGUAUUGCCGUAAUUUCGGUAUACGGACUGAUCAGUCCAGUCAUCGCAGCAAUCAUUGUGCCCGCCAUGCCGCAGAUCGCCACAGACUUGAAUGUUACCGACCCAGGAAUGCUGCAAGCUUUUGUUUCUGUGUAUGUCCUUGGCUGGAGCUUCGCGCCGCUGGUGGUCGGUCCAUUGUCAGAAGUCUACGGGCGGAUAUCCUUGUUAAAUGCAGGGCAUGGCCUGUUCCUUAUCUUCAAUGCCUUGUGCGCAUUCGCCCGUACCGAUUACCAGUUGCUCAUUCUCCGGUUUAUCACGGGGGCCGUUGGUAGCGCUCCAUUGUCGAUAGGCGCAGGCAUAAUUGGUGAUCUAUGGGCUCCGGAAGAGCGAGGCCUUUCCAUUUCCCUUUACACCCUGGGGCCCCUGCUUGGUCCUGCCAUCGCACCCAUCACCGGCGCAUACAUCGUGUCGCACACGUCAUGGCGUGCAAUAUUCGCGUGGUGCUCUCUUUACAUCUUCAUCACAUGGGUGCUAGGCCUUUGUACACUCCGAGAGACCUUCCGGCCAGUCCUGAUCCAGCGUAAACAAGCUGCUGCGGUCCGCAAGGGCCAACUGCAGGGCUCCCCUCAACUGCACCAUAAGAGUCUAGCAGAUGUUUUCAGACAGGAUCUCCGACGACCCUUCACGUUCCUCGGAACACAGCCCAUCAUCCAAGUCCUGUCCCUUUUCAUGGGCUAUCUCUUUGGCCUCAACCACCUAUCCAUCACUACUUUCGAGUCUGUCUGGACAGACAUCUACAACCAAACCCCAUCCCGCGCAGCACUGAACUACAUCUCCAUCGCUGGUGGCUUCAUCCUCGGAAGUCAAAUCACAGGCUCCCUCAACGAUCGGAUCUACAUCUAUUACACCUCCAAAGACCCGGCCAAAGGAACCCCAGAACUUCGAACAAUCCUCAUGCUCCCCGCCGCUCUACUCGUUCCCACCGGCCUGUUAAUCUACGGCUGGUCCGCCCAGACCCACAGCCACUGGCUCAUUCCCAACAUCGGAAUUGGUAUCUAUGCCCUUGGCCUGAUCAUGAGUUACCAGUGUAUUCAAGCCUAUGUACUGGACUGCUACGCGGUGUAUGCCGCGUCGGCAAUGGGUGCGCUAACGAUCCUGCGCUCGCUGCUGGGAUUUGUUUUACCCAUUCUGGCUCCCUUGAUCUAUAGAACGCUUGGCUAUGGAUGGGGUAGUUCGCUACUAGCACUAUGGGCUUUGGUGAUGGGCGGGCUGGUUCCGAUUCUCCUGUGGCGGUAUGGCGCGAUUCUGCGAAAACGGAGUGGAAUUCUCGAGGAGAUGUAG